CACUUAUUCAGCCGUAUAACUUACUCGCUCGCACUCACACUCUACUACUGGACCCAGCCGCAGCCAGCCAAAUUCCGAAUUUAAAAAAGCUAAUGUCAUUGCGUACGCAAACGCAACCGUGUGUGCAGUUGUGUUUUCAUUUUGUAAAAAUAUUAAUUAAAUAAUAUUUUAUGUAUUACGUCGAAAAUAAUUUCAAUAACAAUAAUCUUACUUUCACAAACUUUAAUAAUUAAGUGUAUUUUGCAAGAAAACCUACAGGUUUUAGUAUUUUUAUUUAAAAUCAGUUUCAUUGUUUUGCUAAAACCUACAAUGGGAUAUUUAAUGUCUUUUUCCUAUAGUUUCUAAACAGAAUUCGUAAUAAAUGAAAUAAAAUUAGCUGAGACUAUCUGUGUUUGAGGUUAUUACAUCUUUAUCAUUUGUUUUCUCAGUGAAAUCAAUGAAAGUGAUGCUGUGUUAUGGAUAUGAUAAAUUGUGAUUUAUUUCUAAAAAUAGUCUUUGGACGGUGAUAUAGGACAGUGAUAUAUUUGGAUUUGGAUUUCAAAGGUGUGACCUUUUGCGAUUGUCCCGCUGUGAAUGUUAUAGAAACAAUGCGUCAAUUACUGACCUAAUGCUCAAAUAAAGAAGACGGUGUAGGGCCUAAUUUUCUCAUUGUUAUGGUGAGGACGCUACCGGAACUAACGCCAGAAGGAUGAUGAUGAUGUACCAACUAUACUAAAACUGUUUUAAAUUUGCCACAAUAACUGCUAAUAUGAAGUCAUGGGUGGAGGCUUUGGGUCGCGGGGCUUCCGCGCACAUCCCACGUGUGGGGCGCCUGCGCAGGGCCAUGUGGCUGCUCGCAGCGGCGGCCUGCACUGCAGCAGCCUUGCUGUACUGGAGACAGCAGACCAACGAGCUAACACACAGACCGCUACACAAUGUGUACACGGGCAUAGAACCGCAGUGGACCUGGAUAUGCAGAAACGACCGAUGCGAGAGGCUGGCAGCAUCAGACACUACGAUACUGCAAUCUCUCCAGACCUGCAACAUGUUGUGUGCCUCCACACAACUCUGGCCGCAGCCCACCGGCUCCGCCAGCCUCGCCACCGUCGCUGUCCCCAUCAGCGUGGACCAGAUCUCUCUUAAAAUAACCGUCUCCCCAUCUCGAGACGUAUCUCAACACCUCAAGGACGCUUUCAGCCUGUUCAAGGAAGACUUACGACAUUUAGGCAAAACUGGCAAUUCCCUAGUUAGACGAAUAGAAAUCGGAAACCCUCGAGACAUCUUAAUACGCGUCGCUGUUAACGGCAGCGGGGAUCCACGGAUGCUCCUCAAUACAGAUGAGAGCUACAAACUAGUGAUGCGACCGCUUAAAAAUUCCUUAGUGGUAGACAUAUCCGCUCACUCAUUUUGUGGUGCCCGACAUGGAUAUGAAACGCUCUCGCAACUCAUCUGGUUCGACCCUUAUGCAGACUCCUUACUGACCCUAGAAGCGGCGACAGUUGAUGACGCUCCUAAAUUCAGUUUCCGUGGACUUCUUCUGGAUACCGCUCGUAACUAUUUUCCGGUGGGAGAAAUACUACGCACGAUUGACACGAUGGCCGCUUGUAAAUUAAACACUUUUCACUGGCAUAUCACUGAUUCGCAGUCAUUUCCGCUUAGAUUGGACAGCGCGCCUCAGUUAGCCCAACACGGCGCCUACGGUCCAGGAGCUAUAUACACUAUGGAUGAUGUCAGGGCAAUAGUACGACGCGCAAGAUUGCGUGGUAUAAGGGUGCUGAUAGAAGUAGAUGCGCCAGCUCACGUUGGUCGCGCUUGGAGCUGGGGCCCGGCAGCUGGUAUUGGUCACUUGGCUUACUGUAUAGAAGCAGAACCUUGGAGUGCCUUCUGCGGAGAACCGCCAUGCGGUCAGCUGAACCCACGAAACCCUCAUGUUUACGAUCUUCUGCAACGAAUUUAUACUGAAAUAAUCCAAGUGACGGGAGUAGAUGAUUUAUUUCACCUCGGCGGGGAUGAGGUCUCUGAGCAUUGCUGGGCGCAACACUUCAAUGACUCUGACCCUAUGGAGCUAUGGUAUGAUUUCACUAAACGCGCGAUGACUGCUCUAGAGAAAGCAAAUAACGGGAAGGUUCCGGAGCUAACGUUACUGUGGUCUUCCAGAUUGACACGCUCGCCGUACCUCGAAAGAUUAGAUAGUAAAAAUAUAGGCGUUCAAAUAUGGGGUUCCUCUAAAUGGCAGGAGUCGCGAGCCGUAUUGGAUGCGGGUUUUCGAUCGGUGUUAUCUCAUGUCGAUGCUUGGUAUCUGGAUUGCGGCUUCGGCUCCUGGAGAGACAAUUCGGACGGUCAUUGCGGGCCGUAUCACUCGUGGCAACAAGUAUACGAACACCGGCCAUGGAUCGAGGAGGCUCCCAUGCAGGGCAUCGUUCCUGAUGUUUUGCCGUGGCGAGUCGAAGGCGGGGCGGUGUGUCUGUGGACGGAACAGCUGGCUCCGGGCGGUCUGGACGCGCGGCUGUGGCCUAGAUCGGCAGCGGCGGCCGAGAGGCUGUGGUCCGACCGAGCAGAGGGCGCCACAGCCGACGUUUACCUCAGACUGGACACUUUGCGGUCGCGAUUGAUUAAUCGGGGAGUGCGUGCCGCUCCCUUGUGGCCGCGCUGGUGUUCUCACAAUCCUCACGCGUGCCUCUAGCCGUUGACAAAGGAGCCGCCGCGUCCUGACGACGUGACGUCAAAAGCCCACUUUCCCGGCGCUGCGGCGCGUGGUUAGAAACAGAUCGCACAAUUCUAUCGUGUCUUAAAGAGGCCUAAGGCCUAAUACUUGACACGGUCGCAUAAAUACUUAAAGUUUCCUACUGAUGAUGUGACCUUCAUUUAAGUAGGCGAUGCUAAACGAUGACUACAUCGUUGUUUGGUCAUGUUACGUUCGAUCUCUGUAUAAUCAAAGUGAAGCAUAUUAUAGCGUAGACUAAGAGCCACAAAGUGUAGUUAACAAAUGAGAUUUAGAGUACUUGCCCAUAUGGAGGAGAAGCACAUUGUACAUAAUACAUAUAUAUCAUAUCUGACUAUGAAAUGGUAGUUACAUAAAAUAAGUAGAUAGAAAUUUGUACAGCGCGUGUAGUAUUUAUUUACUUAGUUCGUCAAAUAAUGCAUUAGAUAGGAUUAACACUGUUUUAUUCCUGCUAUAAAAAUGUACAAUCUUCGUUGUUAUACCAUUAGGUACUUUGUUUAACCAUCGCACACUUUGUGUAAAGACAAAACUGUACUACAAAUAUAAUUAUUUUUUUAUUAGACAAAUUCCAUGACUUACUGUUCUCACAUAGGAUGGUCACUUUGACGAUAAGUUUGACUUUCAGCGGUGGUAAUUAUAGUUCUUGAUUUCAUUGAACUAUGUGUACAGUUUCUAGUACAUAAUUUCGAGUUAAGUAUUUCAAUUUAUUAUGUGAUAUUUUUUUUUUUUAUUAAUGUUCACAAAGUUGAAACUACUGCACAAAUUAAUAAUGCUCACAAAGUUUUAAUACCACUACGAUUUAGAUCAACCGAGAAAAUUACUACUUUCUUAAAGCAGAAGAUACCAUUUUCUCUAUUCAUAAUUAUACCCUAGAUAAGGGUAAUAAAUAACUGAUCAUUUUGCAGUACUCAUCACUUAAGUACUAAUAUGCCUCUUUGCCAGAGAUCAAGGCAGAGGCUACAUCUUAAAUCUAAAAGCAAAUAAAGAUUCUAUUCUAUUCUUUCCUAGCCACGGUCGCUGCAUAAUUCUUUUGUUUGGAACUAAUAUCAAUAUUUUUAUGCGACCUCUUCGGUUUAUUACCAACCUUCACCAGAUUUAUAUAUGUAUAUCUUUACUACGUGGGUGUUCAAGGAAGGAGAUAGCUAAAGUGGUGUGAGUGAUGAGAGAUUUCAUGAAAAACCGUCUUCCAAUUGAAUUAUUUAAAAGGUCAAUCACCAUUAACGCAGUGGUAAAAGCGCUAAAUUGAUUAAUUAAAAAAGUUUUUUUUUUUUUUAGUUUGAGAAAUCUGAUUUAUAUAACUUCCUAAAUUGUAGUCUUUAUCGGACAAUGGGUUGCUCUCUUCAGGAAGGGUACACCUAGGACAAUCGCCAGGAAAAAGUUAUAAGUUUAACAAAAUGAUUCGUUAUUGCAUCUUCAGCCAUCAUUAUUUUUACCCACUUAUAUAGGUAGGUAGAUUUGAUUUGUAGAUAGCAUAGAUAGGCUGUUGGGAGUAUAAAAUAGGUAAGGUAUUCAAAGUCGUUUGGUCAUUAAAAAACUUUUAUUAUUUGCUUACUAAAUAGUAAGUACGAGCAACCAAACUAAACGUUAUGACUACUAUGAAUUUCGCUUUUCUUUUAACUCCAUGCACUUCGCGCGACCUUUGCUAGCCACCAGUGUACUUGCAUACUUACAUAUAAUCACAUCUUUUUUACACCUCUCCAUAACUUCCAUCUUCAUACUUCGUUAUUUCAUCAACAAACAUCAAUAUUUGAGAAACUUUUAAGAGUACUCCAUCUACCCGUUUUAGCAACUAGGUACCUUUAUACCAAGCAAAAAUCGUGGCAGUCAUAUCUACAGUAUUCUAUAAUCAUUUAUCAAAAAGUUAGUUAUUUGUGAAAGUAAUAUGUAAAGAUAUAUCAUUACUUUUUUGCCAUAAUUAAUUAUAUAUGUGGAAAAAAUAUGUCAAUCUUUGCGUUUUUUAACGUGAAUGAAAUGAAUUACAAUUGUUACAAUUAAUCUACAUUUCAAUUUAUUUAUUAAAUUUACAUAAAUCGUUAACAUAUUAAUCUAAUAUUUUUUCUAUUAUCACAAUGAUUGUACCAGUUAUUUUUGUAAAUAUACUUACUUAAAUAGAUUUUAAGAUUGCGUUUUAUGAGAUUAAUAUUUAUUUUGUGUAGAAGUAUUUAUUUAAUUGUGUCGACAUUAUAGGUUAUACAUACUCAGUUGUUGUAAUUUGAAACGUCACAAAGUUAUAUUGUAGUGUGUAUUAAGUAUUGAUGUAUCCUACGACUUGUAUACAGUCGGGGACCGAUAAGCCUGGCCCGAUUCACAGAUAUUGGUUGAUAAGGCAUAAGUCUUAUAUUUUAUCUCUUUCCGCCUCUGCGGUUGACGGAAGAAAUAUGUAUAAAGGAGAGAGAAUCUAAGAAUCUGCCUUAUCAACAUAAUGGUGUGAGCAGGAAGGUUAAUUGGCCACGAGUGUCCCGUCUAUAUUAUUUCCUGUAAAUCCAAUGGAUGUGACUAAAGAAUCGAGCACAAUUUUGUACAUUUUGUAUGUAAUGUUUGGUGCUACAGUGAUUUCAGUGGUAUAAUCUAUGAAAUAAAAAAAUAAUACUAUA